GGUCUACUGAAACAGGGGACGGUUCAAGUUUAAUGUACUCAUCAACUUGGUCAGUCUCAUGUAUUCUUUCCACGCGUAGAUGAAGGAAUGAAGCAAGACUACUACCUACCCACCGGCAAACUACAGUUUCAGAAAACUGCUUUUUGGCUGCAUGGAUUUCGCAAGAAAGGCUAAGUGGACAUUUGUUUUAGUUACAAUCUUGUUUAGUCUUGUACAAUUAUCGUCAGCCAAUCAUACAAGUAUCAAUGAUACUUCCAUAGAAAUGAUUCAUGUAGGGUUGAUUCUUGAUGCGCAAUCUUGGGUGGGAAAAAUUGUUGAUAGCUGCAUUUCCAUGGCUAUAUCCGAUUUUUACAGUCAGAAUUGUCACUAUCAAACAAAACUAGUUGUGCAUACCAGAGAUUCUGGGGGUGAUCCGUUGCUUCUUCUAUCCCAAGCCUUGGUUCUCUUGGAAAAUUUCAAAUUGGAUGCCAUUAUUGUUGCGGAAAAUUCAGCAGGAGUGAAGGUUUUAGCGGAGUUGGGAUCUAGAGUAAAAAUUCCAAUUAUUUCACUCUUCGCAGCUGGUCUAUCUUUGUCCUCCUUUGAGUAUCCUCAUUUAAUUCAAAUUGGUGAAGAUGAGUCUUCUCGAGCCAAAGCCGUCGCUGCCAUUGUUGAAGCAUUCAGUUGGAGAAGUGCUAUCCUCAUUUAUGAAGAUAAUGAUUCUGCAAGACCAAUCCUUUCUAGUGUGACUGGUUUUCGUCUUGAUCAGCAUGUUGCCCUUCUAACAUCAUCUACUGAUGAAGAAAUCGUUGAGCAGCUCAUGAAGCUCAUGAGUUUGCAGAUGACUGUAUAUGUGGUGCAUAUGACACCUAUUCUAGCAUCUCGACUUUUCUUAAAUGCUAAACAGCUUGGAAUGUUGACUCAAGGGUAUGCUUGGAUAACAACUGAUAUGAUUACUAAUUUCAUGAAUUCAAUGGAUCCAUCAGUCUUUGAGUCAAUGCAGGGGGUGGUAGGAUUCAAACCUCACAUUCCGGCAUCAAAGGAGCUUCGCAGGUUCGCAAUCAGGUGGAGGAGUAAAAACUUAAAUGAAAAUAAAAAUUUAGAAGAAAUGGAGAUGAAUGUGUAUGGCAUAUGGAGCUAUGAUAUGGUUUGGGCUGUGGCAACAGCAGCGGAAAGGGUGAUGACUCGACAUCCUCAUAUCCUACACCAAGAAACCAGAUUGAAUAUGAACUUCACCACUGUUCGGUCCUCAGAAAGUGGUUUGGUAUUUAUGGAUGAGAUAUUACAAAGUAGAUUUAAGGGAAUAAGUGGUGGCUUUCAACUUACUAAUGGCAGGCUGAUCCCAAAGGAAAUCGAAAUUGUAAAUGUAUUCAAGGGAGAUAGGAUAAUUGGUUAUUGGAAUCCAGAAAAUGGGAUUGCCUCAAUAAUGAAGGAAGAAAACCACACUGAAACGAACUCAACAUCAUCUAGUAAACUUGAAGGUGUUAUUUGGCCCGGAGGAACUAUGAACAUUCCCAAAGGGUGGUCUCUACGUGGGAAGAGGUUGAGGAUUGGGGUUCCAGUGACUAAUGAAUUCAGAGAAUUAAUUAGUGUUGUUCAUGAUCCCCAAACGAAUGAUAUAAUUGUAACUGGAUUCUGUGUUGAUGUGUUUAAGGAAGCCGUUCAGAGUUUAGAUUAUGAAGUACAUUACGAUUUUAUCCCGUUUGAAGAUGCCAACGGACGAAUGGCAGGAUCUUAUGAUGAUCUUAUCCUUCAGGUUUGUCAUAAGAAUUAUGAUGCUGUUGUGGGGGAUAUAACAAUCAUCUCUCGCAGAUUUGCAUAUGUCGAUUUCACGCUGCCAUUCACUGACUUAGGCAUCGGAGUUGUAGUGCCAAAAAUCAACAACGACAUCUGGGUUUUCCUGAAGCCUCUUUGUGGAGAUCUGUGGAUAACUGUCGCUGCUUUCUUUAUUUUCACUGGCGUUGUGAUUUGGUUUAUUGAACGUCCCAUCAACGAGGAGUUCCAAGGCUCACCGUCUGAGCAAAUAGGAAUGAUCUUUUGGUACUCUUUCUCAACUCUUGUAUUUUCCCACAAGAAGCCGUUGAGCAACUUGUCGAAGUUUGUAGUGAUAAUAUGGGUGUUUGUUGUGCUUAUAAUAACCUCAAGCUACACCGCAACUUUGGCUUCCAUGUUAACAGUUAAACAGAUACAAUUGAGCUCAAGAGACAACGAUGCAUGGGUUUCAAGUGAUAUUAGCAACUUUACAUUUGAAACUCGCAGACGAAGGGCAAACCAUUCUCCGGAAGAAUAUGCCGAUGCUUUAAGAAGGGGAAGUAAGAAUGGUGGUGCGUCAUCUAUUAUUGAUGAAAUACCAAACCUUAAAGUAUUCCUUGCCAAGUACCCUUCUGAUUACACCAUGAUCAAAUCGAAGGCUAUAACAGGCGGUUUUGGCUUUGUUUUCCCUAAACGUUCCCCACUUGUCCAAGACAUUUCAAGUGCAAUUAUGAGGUUAAGAGAGGAAAAAAGGCUGGAAAUGAUGGAAAAUAAAUGGUUUAACAGUGAAUCAAGCUUUACAACUCUGGACCCAGAAAGCAAUCCCAACAGGCUAAACAUUCAUAGCUUUGGGGGUUUGUUUCUUGUCACAGGAAUCUCUUCAAUUUCAGCUCUGGGGGUAUGCCUAUUUCAGAAACGACAAUCCAUCAAAAUCCACCUCAACAGUAGCUUAGACUCUUUAAAAGGGUACUUCAAUGUGAAAAUAAUAGGAAGACAAAAAGAACGAAGUUGAGCUCGUCUAAAGGAAAAUUAUUAUAGCCGCAAUGUAUUACUAUUUAUAUUUAUAUAUAGGUCACGACGCAAAUCCCUGAGUUGAAAAGCUUGACAACUACUGAAUUUUCAUACUAUUUUUAUGAAUCAAGUCAUGAAUUCGAUUUGAGAAACAAAUUUCAGUAAAUUUUGCUAAUAGACACAUCCUCCACUUCGAGAUCAAA